GUUUGCUUUGGAUAUUCACUACUUUGGCUUAAGUCCUGCCAACAUCCUCCCCUAGCCAUGGUCAAGAGUUUGCAGUUGGUAAUAAUCAAUGGAAGGGCGAUUAUUACCGCCGGGCAGCAGUAACGAGCACCAAUUAAGACGCCCUUCCCCUCGAGGGAUAAAAGCCACGGGGAGAAGGCGAGCCAAGUUACCUGUCCCUCUAGGCUAUGGAGCGCUUUGUCUACCCGUCCUAUAGCAUCUACCAAAGUUAUGGGAACGCCUUCAGCCACAGCCACAACGUGGCCCCCAGGCCGCCAUCUAAGCAAAAGCAGCCUGGCUGGAAGCAGAGCAAGAGCAGCAGGAGCAGCAUCCCGAGCCCUUACCGGGGCCCCCUGUCUGCCCCUUCCUCGGCCCCGCUGCCGCCUCUCCCUCCGCCGCCGGCCUCGCCGGAUUAUUUAGACAGCUACAAGCGGGCCCAGCUGAAGGCGCUGCUCUCUCAAGUCAGCCCCGGCCUCGCCCCGAGGCUCCGCAAAGCCAGCACCAAGGAGGUGGGCACCCAGGUCAACCCGCGGGUGGACGCCGCCGUGCAGUGCUCGCUCGGGUCCCGCCAGCUCCAGAGCCUCCUCGGGCGGGAGCCUCCGCCGCAGCAGGGCCGCCAACUCUCCCCUUGCGCCGAGGAGGCGGCGGCGGCGGCGGCGGAGGAGGAGGAGAAGCAGCCGCCCACAGGGCGAGAAGGAGGGCCGCCAUCCCAGCAGCAAGAGCCCGAGGGGAAGGAACCCCUGGAGCCGGAGAAGGGCGCUCAGGCUGAGGCGAAGGGGAAGCUUCCAGGCAGCGGGGAAGGAGAAGAAUCCGCCCAGCAACUGCGGGACGGGGAGGGCGACGUGGGCCAGAAAGGUGCCGCUGACGCCGCCGCGGCCUCCGCCGCCACUGAGGGCAAGAGAGCUGCUUUCCAGGUGAGUGGGCCUCUCGGUCUCCUCAGUUCAUCCGCUAGGGGCGCUGUGGAGGCGCGAAAAAAGGCGCGAAGGCCGUCUCAUCCGAUUCCUGAAACUCGCUGAGGGAGUGAGGCGCCUCCUUCUACUCGAGACGUUUUAAGACAAGUCAGGCCCCUCUCCAGCUUCUGUUGCUCCCCGUCCACUUUGGGAUCCACCUCGGGGUUAUAUUUCGUGUUUAGCAGAUGGACUACGGGCAGUUCUAACGCGUUUCAGUAAACAAGUGGGUUUAAUAACUAAAAUAGGGAGCUCCCCCAUUUCCUUUUUAGCUUCCUUAGCUGAAAGCAGGACCAAGACUCACUGAAUGUUAAGAGUUCUGGGAAACCUUUCCUGGCUUGUGAAGUUGCUAAAUAUACACUAGUGUUUCCAAACCUUGGCUCUCCAGCUGUUUUAAAACUACAACUCCCAUCUUCCCUAGCUAGCAAAACCAGUGGUCAGGGAUGAUGGGAAUUGUAGUCCGAAAACAGUUGGCGACCCAAGGCUGGGAAACACUCUGCCUAUUCAGAACUGUUAUCUCCUUCUUAACUGCAGAUUUUGGGGGCUGAGUCUGCACCCUUUGGAUUGCUAAUCUGCCAUGCACUUAUUUUUUUAGAAGCUUAAGUGUUUUUGUUGAGGGGUGCCAACACUUCAAUACAAGCCUGGGCAAGUUUAAAUCGAGUUGAGAAAGCCAGACUUGUUUAUAGUACUGUAGUUCCUCCCAACUUCUAAGCAUGCCUAUAGGGAAGCAAGCUCCACUUAACUUGGAGAAACUAAGUACAUUUAGGUAUGGUCUGUGAAAAGUCACUGUCUUGUUAAGUGAGUGUGACUCGUGUGUGUGUGAGGGACCUGUGGCCCUUGGGAUGCUGGUUUUGAAGCUCCCAUCAUGGCAAAGAUUAAUGGGAGUUGCAGUCAACAUCUGGAGGGCCACAUAAUGGUUUUAUAACUGUUGUAGUAAGCAAAAGAGGAAUGAGGGUGGUUGAGAACCUAGUGACAACUCUUAUUUACUGUAACCUUUGAGGUUAAUUUGGCAUGUAACCCAAUAUGGAAAAGGAAUGAUUUUGCAUUCAUGUGAGGAACAUUUAAGGCUGUGAGAAAUGAGGUUUUUCACAGCCACAUCCUGCAUGAUUUUUUUAUUUUUGCAGUGGAAGACCACUACACUCAAAAAGACCUGGCUUCUGAGUAAAUGUACAUAAGAUUGCAACCUGUGUGCAGUGGACUUAAGACUAUAAUUUUUGGGCUAUGCCAUAAGAUUUCUGCUAGACUAAUCUGUCAGCAUUGCGGGGGUGGUAUAAGGUGACAAAGUGAAGUGGGUAUCUUUAGUCUUGUUCUUGCAUGAAGAUUAAGUUUUUUGGUGUUUGAAUAAAAAUUACUCUGCAGAAAUCUUUGUAAUACCCUUCUUGCAUAUGUCCAUGAAGUAUGAGCUAAAUGACACAAAAAGGUAUGUUUACAGUAUCACUUCAUAUCUCAUGCGCUCCCACUGCUAGUUUUCAAAGCCACAUUCAUGUUGCCCACAAUCCAUAUAAUUCCUGUAGUUUAUUGACAAAGACUGCUGUUGGGUACAUUUUGUCUUAAAACUGCUUCAAUUUGACUAGAUGUAGAGUAAGCAUUAACAAUAACAUAUCUUGCAUUUUCCAUUGCCUGCCUUAAACAAUAAGCCUGCAAAUAGUAAGAGUUGGCUUAAUACUAUAAAGAUUUCUAAAUGUGGUACACAUUAAUUUAUUAUGCUGCUAAUCAGCUAUUUUCUAUUACAGUUCCUAGAACAGAAGUAUGGCUAUUUCCAUUGCAACGACUGCAAGACCAGAUGGGAAAGUGCUUACGUAUGGUGCAUUUCUGGAACCAAUAAGGUAUUUAGAUGAAAAGACAAAAUUUGCUUCUAGAGGGUUUGCUUUUGGGUACAAACAAAAGGGUUGCUGUACCUUACCAGAAAGUGGAGAAUCGUUUAUGAAUUGAAGUGCUUCACAAACCUGCAAAGGGUUUUUGAACAUUUCCCAGAAAUAGUUGUCUGUCUUUAAGGUGCCAAAAGCUUGUUCCUGCUGCAGCUGACUGAUUUAUUGUAGCAUAAGCUUCUGUAGACUAGCAGAAUGCUCAUGCUAGAUUUUAUUUAUGAUACCACAAAACUUUUAUCUUCUUAACCAGAAGAUAGCAAGGAAAUACUGAUGCUAUUGUCAUACUACCCACAACUCUCUUGAACUAUUACCAGUCCCUGUUAAUCAGGUUACUUGUUCAUUAAUGCCCAACAAAAUGCUAGUACUGGAACCUUUUCAGUGGAAUAUUUGGAGCCACUGAAUGGAAGCUGUUCCUGUUAGCUAAAAGACAGCUCACUUAUGAUGCCUGAGUUGGAGAUGCUUUUGUUAACAUAGCACCUGUGGGUUAACAUGCAGCUGCAAAGGUCUUCCUAAUGACCUCAGACUUCUGUCCGUCCUGUUGAAAUUAGGCCUGAAAGAAGCCUUCCAUUGGAGCCCAUACUUUUUUCAAGCCUAAUUGCAAUGGCCGGAGGAGCAUUUGGGGGGCUGCAAUCAGGGAAGGGGUUAACCCUGUCCUCCCUACCUGUGAAUCUCCCUGAAGCAACUUAUGUUUGGAAGAAAACUUUAUAUUGGCUUAAAUAGACGAAGCCCGUCAAGGAUGCAAGAUAAUCCUGAAUUUUUAAUACAGUGUUGUGAAUCAAUGAAACCUAACUGCCUGUAAACCUGUUUUUGCUCUGGAUGUGUAACUUUUUAAAGAAUUGACAAAUCUAGAUGUUUGAUCUGAGAAGGCUUUCUUCUAAUGGCAAUCACCUUCCUUUGCAUAGGUUUACUUUAAACAGCUUUGUCGCAAAUGUCAGAAGAGCUUUAAUCCUUAUAAAGUGGAAGCAAUUCAGUGCCGUGUAAGUAACACGUUUCCUAAGAUGUGUUAAACAGUGAGAAAUACUUGCCUACCUUAAACGGCAGUGUUCAGGGAAUAGAAAAAAAUAUAUGGAGAAGUCACGUUCAGCUUUCUUUACUGUUAGUACCAAGACUAGCUGUGGGGGUAAUUUCUAGGAGGCUUGGUAUCAGUCAUACGAGUUGGAAAGGACCACAUGGAUCAUCUAGCCCAACCCCCUGCAAUGCAGGAAUAUUUUGCCCAGCAUAAAACCUAUGGCCCUUUAUUAAGCAAAUAUAAAACUGUAUAGCAGGAGAAGGCAAACUUUUCUGUCAACAGGCAAAGUUCUCUUGGGAAGUAAUCUUCUGGGAGCUACAUGUUUGCAUUGGUCACAGCUACCCUCUACACUAAAGACAAUGGCUUUCCACACAUUUUUAAAUGUGGGGUGGUGAUCUUAUCUCGCCCCACCCCACCCUCCUUGAAAUUAGGCCCUGGAGCUGCAGGUUUUUCAUUCAUAGGAACAGGCCACUUUUGAGCUGCUUUCAAAACAAGCAGAACAGCCUUUCUCAACCUGUGGGUCCUCAGAUGUUGUUGAACUACAACUCCCAUCACCCCUAGCUAGCAAGGCCAGAGCUCUCAGGGAUGAUGGGAGUUGUAGUCCAACAACAUCUGGGGACCCACAGGUUGAGAACCGCUGAAAUAGAACAUGCAACUAUGGCAGGAACCCUGAGCCAAGGUGACACAGUGGACAGAGUGCUGAAUUAGAGAAAUAACAAUAGAAUUAUGGAACUAGUAUACUUAAAAUACAUCAGUAGCAGGAAGCCAACUUUGGGAGGAGAAGUUUGAUCUGUUCACUAAUUUAAAUAUGUUAUCCAAAGAUCUGUGCAAAGACUCGUUGCUCCUGCCCCCAGAAGAAAAGGCACAUUGACCUCAAGAGGCCUCACCGUCAAGAGCUGUGUGGCCGCUGCAAAGGCAAAAGACUCUCUUGUGACAAUACCUACAGCUUCAAAUACAUUAUCUAAUUUGUGCUAUUCUUGCACAUGGCACCAUGCACUUUGUUACUUGUUUCAUAACAUGGCUUUGACCUUAGGUUUCUGACCCGGCAUUGGAUACUGGAGUAAAGAUUUUUGUAAGGCUAGGAAAUAUUUGUAGUUUAUUGGGGUAACUUGUAAUGAAUUUGAAUUCCACUUCAAUUGUAAUAGUCGCUGAUAUGGAAGACUAGCUAUAGUACAUGAGAGCUAUAUUGAAGGAUGGGAAAUUGAGGAAUUUCUAUGUAGCAAACCUAAAAUUUCUACAAGGGGCCAGGUUAUCCCAUUUGAUGCUGUUUCAUUAACACUUAUUAAUACUGUACUGUAAUGACAAAUUACUAAUAACAAGGUGAGCUGUCUCUUUGCAUACCUUUCUAAAACUAAUAAAAAUAUUCUUAACCACUGAAGACUAUAAACUAUUCCAUAUAUUGUCCUCUGGUACAAUCUCUGCAGUGGAAAAUAUUUAUUAAAUGGAAUAAACAGAGUAAUUCUGAUAUGGGCAGAUGGCCUGCUUUUUCUUUUCUAACUGAACAGAUACCUCAGCAUAAGUGUUAGAUUUAAAAGUCAUAUAUUGAUCAUGACUUGGAUCAUGUCCUUGUAUGUUAUAUGAAAACAGUUGAGUUUCUUUCCUGAAGUACCGGUAACUUAUGAAGAUGAAUUUCCUCUGCCUUGUUUCGUUUUACAAAGAAACCAACUUUGUAAACUAAUAUAAUAAAUGCAGUUGUCUUUCAUCCAGUGUGCUCAGAGUGCCAAGAAUAAGUAAAUAGCACUGGUAGCAAUUGUUAAAAAGGAAAUAUAGGUUGGUCUGUAGUGGCACUAUUAGAAGCAGCAUAGUUUGACAUUAGUAUAGAUAGCUGUACAAUGGGGUGAUCUGAGAUAUAUAUACACACACAUUCUCUGUAUAAAUUUGGUAUAGGACAGUGAGUAAGGUGUAACACAGGAUACCUAUCAGUAGGGGAAAUUAGGCCAGUUUGCGAAGGGAAUCAACUUUAGUUCUAGUGUCUCAAAUAGCUUGGUUUUCUGACAUUCACAAGCAUUUUCUUAUUUACAGAGCAUUCUUCCAAACAGAAUGGUGGCAAGGGUGUUUUUGUAGAGACAGCAUUCAAGUCAUGCCAUGUAAGAGAGCAUGUCUUCCUUGCUAUUUAACAGGACUGCAACAGGCAGGCACAAAGUUGAGAACAGGCUUGCCGCAGAUGGCAGGACAGGAUACCACUGAGAACCAGUGAAAUCCAGCAAAAGGCAGAAAUAU